AUUUAACCUUUUUAGCUUUUCCUUUGAGUUAUAAUUUUUCACUUUGAAUGUGUGUGUGUGUGUGGGUUUUUUUUUUUUUGGGGAUCACAUAUUUUGUGUUUAACCAUUUGAAGUGUCAGGACAGACAUUUAGCUAUGGCUAUGGCAUUGGCAGCACAAGUCCGUGAAUGGAUAGAAUUCCCUCCUGCCACACAAUCAAAAUUGCUUGAACUGAUAGGAAAGCUUGACCAAGAGAAUGUCAGCAAGUUGACAAUACUAGUGAUGGGGAAAGGUGGUGUUGGGAAAUCAUCAACUGUAAACUCAAUUAUAGGGGAAAAAGUAGUGGCUGUGAGUACUUUUCAGGUAUUAGUGGCUUCACUUUGUCCUGGAUUUACAUUGAAUGUCAUCGACACACCUGGGUUGGUAGAAGGAGGUUAUAUCAAUACGCAUGCACUUGAGAUUAUAAAAUGGUAUGCAGCAGCUAGAGAGUGCAUGAGCAGUUUCCUUUUAAAGAAGACCAUAGAUGUUCUACUGUAUGUCGACCGUCUGGAUGCAUAUCAGGUCGAUAAUUUGGAUAGGCUGGUUGUCAAAGCUAUUACGGAUAGCUUCGGUAAGGAAAUAUGGAAGAGAGCUUUAGUUGUCCUCAGCCAUUCUCAGCUUUCCCCUCCAGAUGGAUUGAACUAUUAUAUUUUCUUCUCCAAAAGGUCAGAGGCUGUUUUAGAAGUUAUUACUCAGGGUGCCCAGCUGAAGAAAGGUGAUCUGCAGGGACUUGGUAUACCUGUUGUGUUGGUUGAAAACAGUGGAAGAUGCAAUAAGAAUGAAGGUGAUGAAAAGGUCUGCCAUUUGCAGUCAUGUUGCUGCUAGCUGUUAUCUUUUAGCAUACUUAAUGCCAUUGUUGUCAUUCGAGGGGUGCUAGUGAUACUCUUUCUGACACUCUCCUUACAGUUGGGCAAUGUGGCACAUAAAUUUCUAUGAUUGGU